AUGGAUACCGAAAUUUUGGCCCGCAUCCAGUUUGCUUUUACCAUUGCCUUUCAUUACAUCUAUCCACCGCUUAGCAUUGGAUUGGGUUUAAUGUUGGUUAUUUUUGAAGGAUUGUAUCUAAAAACGGGCGAUAAGACCUAUGAAAUAUUGACCAAAUUUUGGCUCAAAAUAUUCGCCAUCACCUUUGGCAUCGGGGUGGCCACUGGCAUCAUCAUGGAAUUUGAAUUUGGUACCAAUUGGUCGGUAUAUUCUAAGUAUGUGGGCGAUAUUUUUGGCAGCGCCUUGGCCGCCGAAGGAUUGUUUGCCUUUGGCUUAGAGAGCACUUUUUUAGGAAUAUUGCUCUUUGGCUGGAAUCGGGUAACGCCCAAAGUGCAUUUUAUAUCCACCAUUGGGGUGUUUUUGGGUUCGAUGUUUUCGGCUGUUUGGAUCGUGGUGGCCAACAGUUGGCAACAAACACCCGCUGGCUAUCAUAUUGUGGGCGAAGGUCUGAAUGCCCGGGCCGAAGUAACCGAUUUUUGGGCCAUGAUUCUAAAUCCAUCCAGCGUGGAUCGAAUUAUUCAUACCUGGCAAGGGGCUUUUUUGGCGGGGGUGUUUUUGGUGCUAAGCGUUCAUGCUUAUUACAUAACCAAAGGCCGCUACAUUGAGCUUUCUCAAAAAGCCUUCAAAAUAGCCCUAUCGGUGGCUUUGGUGGUAUCGCUCACUCAAUUGAUUUCUGGGCAUAGCUCGGCCGAUGGCGUGGCCAAGAAUCAGCCCGCUAAAUUAGCCGCCAUGGAGGGACAUUAUGAGUCCAAUGGUCCCGCCGAUUUGUAUUUGGUGGGUUGGGUGGAUCAAGAACUUAAAAAGGUCUAUGGAUUGGCCAUUCCAGGAGGAUUGUCAUUCUUGGUGCACCAAGAUUUCAACACCUCCAUCACAGGAUUGGAUGCGUUUGAUCCAAAAGACCAACCCAGCCAAGUGAAUGCGGUGUUUCAGUUUUAUCACAUUAUGGUUUCCAUUGGCCUAUUU